AAAGGUAAUAUAAUAACUCCAAAAUCGAUACUUGAUACAUACGGUGCAGAUGUAGUGCGUUAUUGGACAGCAGACUGAAGGCUUGGAGUUGAUACAGUCUACUCUGAAAACAUAUUCAAAAUUGGCAAGUGCUUGGUUACAAAACUUUUCAAUGCCAGCAAGUUUGUUUCU